AUGUCGUUCUUUCCGAGAAAGCUGCAUGGCCCUAUGCCUUGGAAAGGAAACAGGGUAUCCUUGACAGGGUACACACCUGUUUUUAUGGAGCGUUUGAGCUACAAGGAUAGGUGCUAUCUUCUCCAAUGCAAGUUUCCUCUUCCGGAACCACAGGCUGAAGAAGGUGAAAAAAGGAAGUGGUUAAAAAUGACGUUGAAAGAGACCUCGCUGGACGACCUUGCAGAAGAAGUCGACUACGCUGUGUUCGAAGCGCAUCAAUGGGCUCUAGAAGAGCAUUUGAGUAUUCGACGCCUAAUUGCUGAACAGGAAUGUUGCAUCUUGGACGAGUUCCAUGGAUCGGCCAAUGAGUCGAGUGAAGAAAAAGGAUCAGAGACUAGAGAAUGGCUGGUUAAAGCAAAACGGGCUGAGGAACAGCUAUCGAAGUUUUUGGUCAAAGCAGCUCAAGUUCAGCAAAUGGUACAAGAAAAUACUGCGCUUGAGGCAGCAGAGGAGGUUGAGUUCCUGCAAACAAAAACAAUCCCUACACAAGAAGCCAUGCAAGAGCUGGAAAAGUGGAGGGAAUCAUUGUCGGACGAGGUGACGUCUUUGGUGAAAGAGUUGGAGGUGGUGGAACCAACAACUCAAGAAAAGCUGGACAAAUUGGCGGAAGAGCCUAAUGCACCGGUGAUUGAGUACGUUCCCAGUCUGGUGGUGUUUACCCGGAAGCAAGGGACAGGGAGGCGACGUGCCCGUAUCUGUGCAUGUGGAAACUUCAUUUCGUCAACGGCAGCUACAGAAUAUGAAGGGCCGAGGUCACUCAGUCGUCACUCGCUGUACGCUCCAGGUUUAGAUUCAACUACAUUCAGGUGUCAAGUGAGGCACGCAGCAUAUAUGGUGUGGAUCAUCGCUGGCUUAGACAUUUCCAAAGCUUUUCUGACGGCGCCGAUGAAUAGGGCGCAAAGAGAAGGGCGUUUGGUGGUGGUGCAGCCCCCAAGGGCGGCGGUGAAAUUGGGUCUUUGCACAAAAGAGGAGCGGUGGAUUGUGAGGAAGGCCUUGUACGGUUUGGCCGAAAGUCCUGCAGCAUGGGUGGAGUGGCGAGACCAACGUCUUCAAGGGAUGUCUUGGGUGUCAAAGGAUGGACAAGCGAUGAGCUUUCAGAGGUCCAAUGCAGACCCAAGUCUGUUCCUUAUUAUGGCGCAAGAGAAGCUGGAAGGUGCAAGCAAGUUGGUAGGGACAAUGGGUCUUUACGUGGAUGAUUUUUUGAUGGCUGGGACUAUGACAGUGCUCCGGGAGGCCUUGGAACAGAUUAGGAAGGAGUGGAAAACUUCUGAACCCGAGUUCUGUGGUCCAGGCUGCGGUGAUGGAUUCCUGAAGUUUUUAGGUGUCCAAAUCUGGUAUCGAAAUGGCAGCUUCUUUCUCAACCAGGAGGACUUUGUGAGAGAUUUGCUGAACCGACGAGGGUAUCAGAUCGAUGAAACUGGAAAAGGGAGUAACCUGCCAAUGGUGAAAGAAACUCCAGGUGAAGAAGAAGAGGUGGAUAUUCCUUCCUUGCGAGCGGCUCAAGGUGCCGUAGGGGAGUUCCUCUGGGUGGCAAUCAAAACUCGACCUGAUUUGGCGUUCUGCACGAGCCAGUUGUCUUUGUGGACAUCCCGAAGGCCGCGAUUUGUGGUUACAAAGGCUGAGGAGGUUUUCCGAUACCUUGCUGCAACUCCAACGUUAGGCUUGACGUUCGGAGCAAUCGCAACAUGCGAAAAAGAAAGAAAUGAGGUGUUGCGUUAUGGACGAGGUGUCAAGGUGGUGGAGUCCUACGCGGAUGCCAUUUUUAAUGCAGGUGAAAAUGAAAAGAGCCACUCAGGAGCGGUGGUGGUGUGGGGUGACUGUCCAGUGAUGUGGGCAACACAAAGACAAUCAACGGUGGCUUUAAGUACAGCUGAAGCUGAAUUACAUGCGUCCAUAGAGGGAGCAACGAUGAUUCAGUCGUGCACCCCUAUAAUUGCCGCUUUGGUUGGAACAGGUGAAGAAUCGCUGCAAAAAGUGCUGUAUACAGAUUCGGUUUCAACGUGCUCGAUCAUUCAAUAUCCUGCUGGAAGCUGGAGGACAAGACACCUGAGAAUUCGAGCAGCCGGUGUCAGGUCUCUGGUGGACCGUGGUUAUAUGGUGAUAGCGCAUCUUCGCGGUGAGUAUAUGAUCGCUGACCUGUUGACUAAGUUGAUGAGUGGACAGGUGUACGCAAAGCAAAAGGCACUUUGGGGUCUCCGACUGUUGGUACAAGGGACUGACUUGAAAAAAGCCUCGCUUGCAAUGGCGGUCAUGAUGGUGGCUGCAUCUCUGCAAGGGAUGGCAACUGGUAGCGAAGAAGUGUCAACUGCUGGAUUCUUUUGCUCAGAAGAAGGGGUGUGCAAGGUCGCCAACACGUCUACGGUGAUGGUUCUGGCUCAAGGUAUUGAAAUGGUUGUCAACAAUUCAGACCUUGUUGCAUAUUUGGUGGCAGCAAUUAUACUCUGGGAACUGGCAUGGUGCCUCUUUCGACGGCUGUAUAAAUGGCUGUGGAUCAGAAAGCGGUGGUUAUUCCUGCGAGUGCCACUUUGUAUACAACAGUGGGUGGGAACUGUAUGCACGCAAGCAGUGACUGUGAUGUUCUGCGAUAUUCACAGCUCAGAGCUAAGACGCUUUGUAAGCAUUGCCUCAAGGAUGGCUGGGUGGUGA